AUAUAUAAUUUAUUUUCACCGGAUAUAUAUAUUUUUUUUUACCUACACGGAGAGAUCGAUACAUACACAUUUCUGUACGUAUUUUCCCCGGAUCUGUCGCUCGUCGGAGCCGGCCGGCGCUUAAACCCGAGCCUAUUCGUGUUUUCCCUUUCCGAGAACCCUAGAACCACGCGAAGAGUCCUUUUUUCACUCUAUCCUUUCGCUUUCUAGAUCUUUCAGCCUGUGUAUGCGCGCAGUUCGUUUUUCAUUUCCGCAAUAGAGGCCGGAAUUCGUGUUUCGCCGGUGAUUUUUGACGCCUGGAGUUUAGAAGAGCUUUUUUUGUUGCUUUAAUAAUGAGAUAGGCAUCUUGGUAUAAUCAUGGCCUCCAAGGGUCCAAGGUCUAAACUUGACCAUGAAUCACGGGCAAAGCGGCAAAAGGCGCUUGAAGCUCCAAAAGAACCUCCGCGUCCUAAAACACAUUGGGAUCAUGUUUUGGAGGAGAUGGUCUGGUUGUCAAAGGAUUUUGAGUCAGAGAGGAAAUGGAAACUGGUUCAGGCAAAGAAAGUUGCAAUAAGAGCCAGCAAGGGCAUGCUGGAUCAGGCUACAAGGGGGGAGAAAAGAGUAAAGGAAGAGGAACAGAAGUUGAGGAAAACGGCUCUCAAUAUUUCCAAGGAUGUAAAGAAAUUUUGGACCAAAAUAGAAAAGCUUGUGUUAUACAAACAUCAAUUAGAGGUUGAUGAGAAGAAGAAGAAAGCACUUGAUAAACAGCUUGAAUUCCUUCUUGGCCAAACUGAAAGGUACUCAUCUAUGCUGGCAGAAAACCUCGUCAGUACACCGACUCUUUGCAAAUCAUCAAACUUGUGCAGCACGCAAGACCAUCGCAACAUUCAUCAACGAAGUGAUCAACUUGAUCAAAAAGCAUCUGCAUCAGAUACUGGAUCCCCAUCUAAUCUCCCAGCUGCAGAUGAAGACUAUGAUUUGCAGUCUGGUGAUGAAUCAGAAGAUGAUGAGCGUACUAUUGAAGAAGAUGAGGCUCUAAUCACUAAAGAAGAGAGGGAAGAAGAACUGGCAGCAUUACAAAAUGAAGUUGAUUUACCUAUCGAAGAGAUACUCAAACGCUAUGCUGAACGGGAAGUUAUCAAAGAAAAGAGUCCCAUCAAGGACGAUUAUAUACCUGAAGGAACCAAGCUUCAAGAGUGUAAUGGAAGAGAAGAUACUGGAUGUGCCAAUGAGGUAGAGAAAGAGGGCCCACCUGCAAAACCUGGUCGUCGUUGUGUUGAGAGUAAUGGUGUUUUAUCUGUGUCAGAAAACCAUUGUGCUGAGGUUGAUAAACUGGAAAAGAGAAUUUCUUUGAAGAAGCUUCUUGAGUCAGAGAAUAAAAAUAUGUUGCAUGAGAUCAAUGAUGAACAAGAAGAUGCUGACUUUGUACUCUCUGCCGGAGAAGAAAAGGAAUACGACAUGGAUGAUGAGACAACUCUUUUAGAGGAGGAAGAAUUAGCAAAUGCAGAGUCAAAUAAUUCCUUGGAUGAGAUUGCACUUCUGCAGAAGGAAAGUGAAGUUCCAAUAGAGGAGCUGCUUGCAAGGUAUCAAAAGGGUUGUGACAGUGAUCAAGAUGUUGAAGAUGACUCUGAAUCCUCGUCUGCUUCUGAAACUCAGGAUGUUGUGGAUUCAGCAGAACAGGGGAACUCUGAACAUAAGCAGCCUGAUGAUGAAUCUAAUGGAUUCCACCUGGACAUAUGCCUCCACCCGGAAGAAGAUGAAGCUGAGUGUGUACGAUCACCUGGAAAAGAUUUGCAAAGUGAAGAUAUUAUUGCUGAUGCAGCAGCUGCAGCCAGAUUGGCACAACCGACUGGUAAUACAUUCUCAACAACCAAAGUACGAACAAAGUUUCCCUUUCUUCUAAAGUAUCCUCUGCGUGAGUAUCAACACAUUGGCUUGGAUUGGCUUGUGACCAUGUAUGAGAACAGACUUAACGGAAUCCUUGCUGAUGAGAUGGGGUUGGGGAAGACAAUUAUGACAAUUGCUCUUCUUGCACAUCUCGCUUGUGAAAGAGGGAUAUGGGGUCCACAUCUUAUCGUUGUCCCAACUAGUGUCAUGCUCAAUUGGGAAACUGAGUUUCUUAAAUGGUGUCCUGCCUUCAAAAUACUGACUUACUUUGGGAGUGCAAAAGAGCGGAAAAUAAAGAGGCAAGGAUGGUUGAAACCUAAUUCAUUUCAUGUUUGCAUAACAACCUAUAGACUUGUUAUCCAGGAUUCUAAAGUUUUCAAGCGGAAGAAGUGGAAGUACUUGAUUCUGGAUGAAGCUCAUCUGAUAAAGAAUUGGAAGUCUCAAAGGUGGCAAACACUGCUUAAUUUUAACUCCAAAAGGCGUAUUCUCCUAACUGGUACACCACUGCAGAAUGAUCUAAUGGAACUUUGGUCCCUGAUGCAUUUUUUGAUGCCACAUAUUUUUCAGUCUCACCAAGAAUUUAAGGACUGGUUCAGUAAUCCUAUAUCUGGGAUGGUAGAGGGACAGGAGAAAGUGAACAAAGAAGUAGUUGAUCGGCUGCAUAAUGUUCUCCGUCCUUUCUUACUCCGCCGACUUAAAAGAGAUGUCGAGAAGCAGCUUCCAUUGAAGCAUGAACAUGUUAUCUACUGUAGGCUCUCAAGGAGGCAGCGCAAUUUAUAUGAGGACUUCAUUGCUAGCUCUGAGACUCAAGCUACUCUAGCUAGUUCUAAUUUUUUUGGAAUGAUUAGUGUCAUUAUGCAACUUCGCAAAGUCUGCAAUCAUCCUGAUUUAUUUGAAGGCCGGCCAAUUGUUAGUUCACUUGAUAUGAGUGGUAUGAACAUGCAAUUGAGUUCUUCUGUUUGCUCAAUGCUUGCAGCUGGGCCAUUUUCAUCUGUUGACCUUAGUGGCUUGGGCUUAGUGUUCACCCAUCUGGAUUUCUCCAUGACAUCUUGGGAGAGUGAAGAAACUCAAGCUAUUGCUACAUCUUCAAGUUUAAUUGAACAGCGAGUAAACCUGGUUAAUUUGGAGGCAAAUUGUUUUGGACUCAAACAUAAGAAAAAGAUGCAUUCGACAAGUAUCUUCGAAGAGAUCCAAAAGGCACUAAUGGAUGAGAGAUUGAAAGAAGCGAAGGAGCGGGCAUCAGCUUUUGCAUGGUGGAAUUCCUUAAGGUGCAAGAGAAAACCCAUGUACGCGACUGGCCUUCGUGAGCUCGUCAGUAUCAAACAUCCGGUCGAUGAUAUUUUUGGUUACAAAAAUAAUCCUUCGUCUUAUCAGUACUCAUCCAAGCUUGCUGAGAUUGUGCUGUCACCGGUUGAAAGAUUCAGAAAGAUGGUUGAUCAGGUAGAAAGUUUCAUGUUUGCGAUACCCGCAGCACGUGCACCUCCCCCAGUUUGCUGGUGCAGUAAAGGUGGAUCAUCUGUGUUUAUUCACCAGACAUCUACAGACAGAUGGUCUCAAGUUUUCUCCCCUUUUCUUACUCCAUUUCGCCCUGCUAUUGUUCGAAGGCAAGUUUACUUUCCAGAUAGGAGACUUAUUCAGUUUGACUGUGGUAAGCUGCAGGAGCUUGCCAUUUUGCUCAGGCGGCUGAAGUCAGAGGGUCACAGAGCUCUAAUAUUCACCCAAAUGACAAAGAUGCUUGAUAUUUUGGAGGCAUUUAUUAAUUUGUACGGUUACACUUACAUGCGCCUGGAUGGUUCCACUCAGCCCGAAGAGAGGCAAACGCUAAUGCAGCGGUUUAAUACCAAUCCAAAAAUAUUUCUUUUUAUUUUGUCAACACGCAGUGGAGGUGUUGGUGUCAAUCUAGUUGGGGCAGAUACUGUAAUCUUCUAUGAUAGUGACUGGAAUCCAGCCAUGGAUCAACAGGCACAAGAUAGGUGUCACAGGAUAGGUCAGACACGUGAAGUGAACAUAUAUCGGUUGAUCAGUGAUAGCACAAUUGAAGAGAAUAUUUUGAAGAAGGCUAACCAGAAGCGAGCUCUUGAUGAUUUGGUUAUACAGGGUGGCAGCUACAACACCGAAUUCUUUAAGAAACUGGAUCCAAUGGAAUUAUUUUCAGGCCAGAGAAGAGUUUCUCAAAAAGAUGCACAAACAGAGAAAGCAUCCAACAACAGUGGUGAUGUCACUUUGUCUAGUGUGGAUCUGGAUGCAGCUUUAAAGAAUGCUGAAGAUGAGGCAGACUACAUGGCAUUGAAGAAAGUUGAAGAGGAAGAGGCUGUGGAUAAUCAAGAGUUCACUGAAGAAGCAGUUGGAAAGUUGGAGGAUGAUGAGCUUGCCAAUGAAGAGGAAAUGAAGCCUGAUGGUUCUGCUGAACACACUGUAUUGAACGCAAAGUCAGAUCAAGGCAAUGUGGUGAGUGGAAGUCAUACAGUUGAGGAAAGAUCCCUUGCUGUUCAUAGUCAAGAGGAUGAUGUUGAUAUGGCUGACGUCAAACAGAUGGCUGCAGCUGCAGCUGCAGCAGGACAAGCAAUCUUGUCUUUCGAGAAUCAACUACGUCCAAUAGAUCGAUAUGCAAUACGUUUUCUCGAGUUAUGGGACCCAAUUAUAGACAAGGCUGCAGUUGAAUCCCAAGCUCAGAUUGAGGAAACUGAAUGGGAACUGGAGCGGAUCGAGCAGUUAAAGGAUGAUAUGGAAGCAGAGAUCGAUGAUGAUGAAGAACCUUUGGUGUAUGAAAGUAUGUACUUUCUUGAUAAACACUUCUCUGUUUUUUUGUGUUUUCUUUUGCAAAAUUUGGCUGAUUGCACUGAUACUAUCGAACAUCUUCCUUCCAUUCCACAAAGUGUCAUUUACAUAAGAAAUCAGUCAAUAUUUUAUUUCCUUUGGGUAUUGAAUGAAGUUUUGGUGGCUCCUAAACCCAAGUCGAAGAAGAAAACCAAAAAGGCCAAGUUCAAAUCUUUGAAGAAAGAAGCUCUAGUUCCUAGAUCCAUGUCUGUGAAAGAAGAGUCAUCAGUAGAACUAAUGUCCAUAGAUGAUGAUUUAAUCUAUGAUGAGGUGAUCACAUCCCCAGACGCUUUAUCUCCAUGUUCAACUCAAGACAAGAAACGUAAACCUGCUUCGGAUGAUGACGAGCCGAAGAUAAAAAAGAAGUCAAAGAAAACUAAGGCUGCUGAAGUAGGACAAGUGAUUCUGUACCCCAAACCUGCAAGCAAGCCUCAAAAUGAACUCAAAGAAAUUUGUGAUAACGGUGUUGUGGAUCUUGAAUCUAAGCAGAUAAGUAGGAGCAAGAGUCGAGUAAAACUUUCUAUUCCCAUCGUGCCUCUGAAACAAGUUUUCAUAAUAAAACCAGAGAAAUUAAAAAAGAAAGGGAGCAUCUGGUCCAAGGAUUUUUCCCCUUCUCCCGAUCCUUGGUCACCAAGGGAAGAUGCUGUACUGUGUGCUGUUGUUCAGGAGUAUGGCCCAAAUUGGAACUUGGCAAGUGAAAUCUUGUAUGGAAUGAUUGCUGGGGGAUCUUACAGGGGCAGAUUUCGUCAUCCUAUCCAUUGCACUGAGAGGUUUAGGGAGCUAAUCCAAAGAUAUGUUUUAUCUGUUAGUGAUGCUUCAAAUAAUGACAAAUCUGUUGGUGUUAGUUCUGGGAAAGCUCUGCUUAGAGUAACUGAGGAUAACAUCCGGGUGUUGCUUAGUAUUGCUUCUGAAAUACCUGAUCACGAACCACUUCUCCAAAAGCAUUUCUUGGCUGUGCUUUCUGCUUCUUGGAGCUCCAGUCAUAAGAAGAGCAACGCACUAUCUUUUCAAAAUGGAUUUUAUAAGCUUACUUCAGAAACGAACCAUCAGUGCUCGAAAACACCACAGCGCCUCGAAUUUACUAAUUUGCAUCAGUGUGGGAAAUUAGUAGCAUCCGCCCUGAGCAGUGACUCAACACGCCAAACCGAUAUCGGAUCAUCUAUCUUCAACCAGAGGGAGGAAUUUUUGGUGCCACAAGAACGGUUGGAUUUAACCCUUGAAAUUCAAGGACAAAUAAACGACGAUCCACCCCUUCCCCCUGUCAUUAAUCUUUCAAUUCCUGGCCUAGACCCUUCCCCAUCUUUGAAGAUGUAUGCUGGAGAGACGCGCCAUAUAAAAUCUUCACACACAGAGAACCAAUUCAGACAUGUUGAGGGUUAUCUUGGUGGGGAAUCACAGAGUUUUACGAUGGGUGGAACUUCACAAUUACAGCAUCUGGGGAAGCACAAGCUCCCAUUUGCUGAGUCAGGAAAGCCUUCGAAAUCGAAACAGAGAAAAACAAGUAAAGAUCAAAAUAGUACCGAUCAGCAUUCUGUAACCGCUAAUGAGGUAUUUAGAGAUAUGCCAGCUGUUCAAGCGGACCCCGGUACGAGGUUUGAUGAGUUCUUGACCUGCUUUUCUGAUGCUGAAUUUGUUGGUAAUUUCCUCCUUGAUGUUGAUGGUGAAGUUGCUUCGGUGGGCAAUUUAGAAACGGCCCCGUUUGACUUGGGAACAGAUUUGACAUCUGAACUAGAUGAUUUUUCUAUGUUACCUGAAUUUACGGAUAUUGGAUAAAAAAAAAAAAAUAGCAAACGAAAAGGCACUUCAUAGUUUGAUCAGGUCAGAAAGGACCAUGGCCAUGUUUUUUGAAUGGCUAAAAUCUCAGGAAUGAGAGAAUCUCCCGGUCGAUGAUUGUAUAUUCAUUACUCGAGGCUUGGGAAUGAUUGCUGUGCUGUCGGGGGAUUAAUCAAAGAGAGAGUAGCCUUUUUAGAUGUUGGAAAAAAAUUGCCGUUACGAAAAAGGUGAAGUCUAAUAUAAUACCUGAGGGGGGUAUAACAAAAGUAUCAAAUCUAGGGUUUAGAAGUUCGAGAAGGGAUGAUAUAAUGUCAUGUGUAGAGAAGGAUGCAACAUAGUGUUUUCGUAAGUGGUCAGUUUCGUAAGUGGUCUUUAGUUUUUGCUGCUUUACUAAUUUUUACGGCGAUGGUAAAAAUGUGCACGCAAUUUUGGAAGAAUAUUUUUGAAGUUCUAUUCAUUAAUCAAUGCCAUGCUGGCGAAUUAUCUGCCUGGAAA